UAACAACUGAGGAACGAAUAAUUCGAUUGGUAAAUCGAUUAAAUUUAUUGUUAAGAAGGAGCACUAAAUACUACGUUGAUCUGUAAUUUCUUUUCGACUAUCUGAAAAACUGGUUUAAAUAAUAAUUUUUGACUUUAAAACACAUGAAGUAUUGUAACAAUUCUUAUUAUAAAUAAAGCUUUAUCUGUUGAAAAAUAAUUAGUGGAUUUACAGAGUUUUUAGUGGAAACUUGAAUAAUUAAAAAUCUAAGGAGGCAUACAUGGGUAUUGGUUAGUCCUAGAAAAUGGAUAAUACAACAUUUAUCAUUCAAAAUCGAACAAACUUUCAAUUUCUUUCUGUUUGUCAGUACAUUACAAGUUUUGGUAUUUUUUUCUACAAUGAAAAUUUAAUUCCCCUGGAUUAUCAAAAUCACUCCGUUUCUGUUUUGAAUACUUUGUUUGAAUACAUUUACAAUUCGGAAAAUGAGUCCACAACGAAACUUGAACUCCUUCAGAGAGUAUUAAGUGGAAGUGAUUACUAUGGUGGAGAUGAAGAUGAAACACUUGACAUGAAAUACGUCAACGAGACGUAUCAGUACAUUAUUAGUAAUGCUCUCUUUUCUCAGUAUGGAAACAUCGACGGCUAUUUGGCUGAAAUAAUUAGUCGAACGGACAACAUAACUUAUUCGGCACUCAAGGAAAACGUAUUUCAACAAUUUUCGCAAAAAUACAUCAGUCGUGAUUAUUGUUCCUCAAGAUAUGAAAGUUUUGCUCUUACCAAUUUGACAAUUGAAAAAGUUUGUCAAGAAAAUAUUUGGUCAGUGUUUCCGGAACCAGAACAAAAUAACAUGGAAAUAAUGGACAUUAUUUAUAUAUAUGCAAUGCUUGGUUUAAAAUUCGCCCGUUCGGUUCUAAGUGACACUGAAAAUUUAACAUUCGAUAGUUAUGUUCUCCUAUAUCGAGGAAUUGAAAUAGAAAUUCUUGGUAAUGAAUCAUAUCAGUAUGGUUUGGAACUAUUUACAACACCUGCUAUACUUUAUUACGCUUAUAACGAUAAGGAGAAAUUUCAAGUGCCAUAUAUAACCUCACUAACAAGAAGUGACGCAUUUUGGCAAGAGGUUUAUUUAAAACUUUUCAGAUUCCUCAAACUUUCUCUAAUACAAAGUUUAAGACGAGAAUAUCACAAUAGCCUUCAUUACCAAUUGCAAAUGGAAAUGAAACAAAUACAAAAUCGUACAUUUAUGGCUAGUGUUUUAAUAAAAGUAGUUUGUGGUUACCCUAGAAUUGAGGAUGUUCCUUUAUGGUUUAUAUCACUUUACAAAACUUCUCGAUUUUUUACAAAUCUUUUCAGACCGAGGCAGUGUAUAGAAUAUCUUCCCGAUUUGGAUGAAAGAUUUGACAAGCAGUUUGAAUGGGUGGAAAGGACAUUUUAUGAAAUUGAACAAAACACUUUGCAGCAGGUUCUAGUUAAUAGUGGAUUGAUAGAAAAAUUAAUUUAAAUGCGACUGUGAAAUUUGCACAAGUUCCUAAUUAUCCCAUGCGUUGUUUUGUCUGCUCACCAACGCCUAGAAAAAAGAACAGUGACAUUUAUCUAAUAUUUGCAAUAAUUAAAGACGAGAAAAAGAAAUUUUAUGCCUUUAAACAGGUGAAUAAUACUUUGACUUUACUUAGGAGUAAUGGAAAUGAACCUGAAUUCGCAAAAGCAAUUGUUAAUGAUUCAUCAUUAAGAAUGGAAGUUCCAAUAUUUUCCCGAAUGCUUAAAAAUCGUGGUGAAGAUUACAAAGAUUUUAUUCGAAGGAUAGCGAAUAUUAAGACCAAACAGUUUGUAGAAGGUCUAAAGAAACAUUACCGUGAUCCAACCAGAGCAGAAAAAGUAAUUGAUUUUAUGAAAUCAUUAGUGCCAUUUUAUACCUGUAUUAAAAAUAUAAAAUCCGGAUAUCAAGGAGGAGCAGUCAUAAGUUGUUCUCUUGAUAUCCUUAGUCUUCUUCCAAUAGCUGGAUUUACAGCAAAGUAUUCGUCUAUAAUAUGGAGGAGUUUAAUAAACGACAUUGGACAACAAACUUUACAGAGACUGUCACAGUCGACAUUUAAUAAAUUAGCGAUAAGCGCCAGUUUGGAUCAAAUUUAUAAAACAGUUACAAGAACUUUAGUAAGGGAAGUGUUAACAAAGCGUCUUGUUAAGGAUAUUACGAUCGCGUCCCUACGAACAUUUGAUCCUGGUUUUGAACUAUCAUUCCAAUUCUUAAAAUUCUCUAAAAAAAUUCUAGGAAAAAUGAUGAAAAAUCUGCAGUUAUAUUUUCGAAGUCAUACAAAAGUGAAAAACCUCCUAUUAUCGAUUGAAUCUACAUUAAAAAUUAUACAAAGGAAUGUAAACAGGAAUGUAAAGUUGGUGACUGAUAAUACAGGACUGAUACCAAGUGUUAUUUAUAAGGAAGAUAAUUAUAAAAUCAUCAGAUAUCUCUAUCCUAAUGGUUUGAAUUAUUUCGGUCCAAAGUGUAUCUCAGCGUUUGGAAUAACUGCCGAAUUGAGAACCAUUGAAGGGCAUUUAUUUCAAUCUCCCGUUGUCCCUAUAGAAUCAAAUGGGAAAUUAUCAUACCGAGAACUCAAUCCUAAAAGUGGAGAAAUUUACGAUAAUGAACUCUUAAUUGCUGAAGAUGGUAUUCUCCGCAAGAACGAAAAUUAUGUUGAUCUACCAGAAUUGAAUGAAAAUGGAGUGUUGGGUAAUUUUUAUAAAACUGAGGAUAGCAUUAUAUGGAAGAAUGGAGUGCGAUACUGCAAGAGGAAAAGAUUAAAAAGAACCGGAAGAACUAAUUUGAAUGAAAAUGUCGAGAUAAAUGCAGAACAAUGUAUUCCAAUUCCUAUUGAUCCUGAUAUUCCUGGGACUUCUAGACAAAGUAUACAAAGUGAUGAUAUACCCGGAACAUCCAGAGAAGCAAACAAUCGACUUUUCAGCACCAAUUACAUUCAUCAACAAGACAUGGCCAAAACAAAAAAUUUAUUGAACACAUUCAAAGAAAAGGGAUUAAAAGGCCUAAAAGACGAAAAUAACUUACUAACUCUUCGAAAAAUUGUUAGUUCCCUAGAUUCUUAUCAAACAUCGCAAAAAGUAUUGAAACCACCAGAAGAUCUUUGGUUUACAGAAACAUUAACAAGACCAUCAAUUGUAGAAUUCUUGAAGAAUCUAAAAGGAGAGGACUUUUAUUUUAAUGACAUUACCCUUCUCUCUGCUGUUGAUCUCGACGAUAUAAUUCCUAAGAAGAAAAUAAAAUAUGCCCUAAAAACAGAAGUUCGUUAUCAUAUAAAAAUUAAUUCACAGUAUGGAAUUGUCGAUCUAUCCGCAAUUGAUAAAAAUUUUCAGAAUCAAUACAUUAUAUUUCCAGAGGUCGAGUAUUUCGUAACUAAUACAGAAUAUUUUAAUGGAAAGGAAAUUUUAGUUUUACAUUUACAGCAAAGAAAAAUGACCAAGGAGGAUUGGAUAAAAAUAACACAGGGGAGUAAUAAGCUACUUGAUGGUAAAGAAUUAUUACAAACGAAAAGAGGAGAUCUUAUCGAGAAUGCUGCAUUCUAUGUAUCUGCUAAUAAACCCUUGAAUAGAUUUACAAAAACAGAAGAAACAUUAAGAAAGUUUAUAUUAAAAAUCGACGAUACUGUAAAUAGUGUUCCGACAUAUGACACAUUGGCUAAAAAUAUUUACUCAGACAAUAUAAUCCCUGUACAAUUCAAUGAGUGGAAGGUAAUGUAUAAUAAAUAUACCAAUGAUGUUUUGUUUCAAAAUGAACUACAUCAUGUCAAUGAUUUAACAACUGCGAAAAAUACCAUAAAUCAUGUAUUUAAUGGAAUUUAUGGCCAACCAGUAGAACCCGUAUUUAAUACUUAUCAUAAAUAUUCUAAAAUUAGGGAUCUUGUUCGUUUUGAGGAUUAUUACACGAUCUAUUCAUUUCUGUCAUUUAAUUUAGUUUCAAAUAUAAAUGCAGCAGCGAGAGUUGCGGCAUCAGUACGAAGACUUGCUCUAAGACAAUGUGACAAGAGAUUAAACCAAGAUCCAAUUACUAUGUAUUUUGCUCAUAAUCUUUCUAGAAAUAAAUUUGAAGAACUUAUAAGAAUGAGAACUGGUGGUGACUAUCAUUUUCGAGAAAUGCAGCAAUUUCAUUGGAGUCGAGAAUCUACAUUGAAGUCGUUUCCGCAUAAAUUACCAACAGAUACGUUUGUUAUGUAUGAAGUCACAUUGUCAAACAAGGCUGGACUAGCAGAUCUUACGGCUAUUAUUUUUGAUCCAAAUGUUCAUUACUAUGUUCCAGAGGAAUUGAAAUUGAAAAUAGUUAGUAGAAGUAAGGAGACAAUUCAAGGAAGGGAUGUUUUUAUCGUAAAACUUGAAGAUGAUAAGGUACCAACAGAGAAACGAAUGGUUAACUUAGUGAAUAAAAUUAAUUCUGUAUUAUCAAAACGGAAUAACUUUUAUGUCAACAUGUGAGGAUCUAUAUGACGAAUUUGUUGAUCAAAUUGACUGCAACAAAUCAAAAAUUCAAGACGAUAGCAUAUGCCAAACUCCAAAAGUAUCUCAUGCUCCUAAGGCUACAAACUGAUUUUCUGGGUUCAUAGAUUCUAUAUUUUCUUUUAGUCAAUUUAACGACGUCUGGUUAGUAUGAAGUAAAUCCUCGAUCCCUUAAAUGUCGACAUAUCGGGACUCCACGACACCUAAAAGGAGGGUAUUAACCCAUCUCGUAAUGAUGACGAAUACAUAAAAGGUCAAUAACUGUAUUAUACCUGAAAAGAUAUCUAACUCAUGCUAAAAAAAUCACUGUACAACUGUCUAACCAAAAAAGAAUGUAAAUAUUUCACAAUAAUUACAUUAGCGAUUUGACCAUAGAAAUUAUAGAAAGCAUUUAUAAUUUGGAGAAAAGAAUUUAUGAUAGGUAAACUAAUUGUAAAAGGUUCGAUAUUUUAACUUUAGGUUUAUUGUUUAACAAAUCCGUUGAAAAAAGAACAUGAAUGGUUAAUAUUUUUGUAAUCGAAGAACUCAAGAAUC